AUGUCUGUCUCUCAUCCGGCCAUCUCUAAGUCGAAGAGUCUCAAUCUAUUCGAGAUCGUGGGUCUAGAUUCCGGCAGCGAGGACUUUAACGAUUCCGCUAGCAUAGCACCGGAAGGAUCCCUACCUAGUACUAAAAAAAAUCUAGAAGCGAACCGCCUUAUACUACUAAUUUAUAUUACCUAUAAGCUCGGUAGCUAUAGUAUUACGUCCGAUAAGUUAAAAGACACCGAGCGGAAGUUACCGGACCUAAAGCGCGCCGAGGUAAUCUAUAAGAUCCUUCGGAGAGGUGAAGUCGAUAAAAAUGUGAUCGUUAACACCGUGAAUCUUAACCCUUUUAAGGAUAACGAAGAUAGGUCUAUUAACGUAGUACCCCCCUUUAUUGAAGAACCUAAGCGCCCCGCUGCAGUGUUAGAAAUACUUUCGCAGCGUCCACCAAGCCUGAUCGGCACACUAGGUCUCUAUAUUCCCAUACCCCUAGGAUUAAGACGAACAUUCACCAAGAUAUCACCAGCCCAGCGACCAUCUAAGGGCUUCCUUCUCCCUAAAUAA